AUGGAUCCUCUAUCCACGAUGACUUUCAUUCUCAAUGGAACCGUUUGGGCUCUGAUAUUCGCAAUAACUAUCUGCGUGGUUUAUCUUACCUUGCUCACCAUUUAUCGUCUGACAAUUCAUCCUCUCGCAAAAUAUCCUGGUCCAUUACUUGCAAAGAUCACGGAUUGGUACUCAGUAUAUCAUGCAUGGAAAGGCGACAGACAUCUGGAGUUUUAUAGAUGCCAUGAGAAAUAUGGUCCGGUGUUUCGAUUUGGCCCUGAUAGUAUUUCGAUCAAUUCAAACACGGCACUAAAAACAAUUUAUGGCCACAAAUCAAACGUCAAGAAGUCGCAAUUCUAUUCCGUGUUUCCUCCAACCAAGGACACAUACAAUACCCAUAGCAGCAUCGACAAAGUUAGUCAUGCAAGGAAAAGAAGAGUUCUCUCACAUGCAUUUUCGGACAAUGCUAUCAAGACCAUGGAGAAAUACAUUUUAGCUAACGUCAGAACUUUCUGUACAAAUUUGGGUCAGCCAAAAGCAUCAGCAGAAAAGUCAACUGGUGGAUGGAGUGUUGCCCAGAACAUGGCUGACUGGUCUAACUACUUGACAUUUGAUGUUAUGGGUGAUCUUUGUUUUGGAAAAGCAUUUGAGAUGCUGGAAAAUGCAUCCAAUCAUCAUGUGAUUGAUUUGAUUGGAAAUGCUGCUCAAACUCACUUGAUCACUGGCACCUACCCAAUCAUCAAAACCAUUGGCCUGAGCAAGAUUCUUUUCCGUAAGAUUUACGCUCAAAGAAUGAAGUACAUGGCAUACAGCAGAGCGCAAGCUGCCGAAAGAACAAAGAUUGGCCUCGAUACUGAUCGAAAGGAUUUCUUCUAUUAUCUUCUCAAUGCUCGCGAUGCGGAGACAGGCCAGGGAUUUACCAAUCCGGAGCUUUGGGCCGAGAGUAAUUUACUUAUUAUUGCUGGAUCUGAUACCACGUCUACAGCUCUUGCGGCGGUUUUCUUCUACUUGGUUCACAACCCGGCUAAACUAGAGAUCCUUACAAAAGAAAUCUUGUCCACAUUUUCUGAUGUCGAAGAUAUUCAUUCCGGUCCUACACUCAACAGCUGCCAAUAUCUAAGAGCAGUCAUCGACGAAUCUAUGCGCCUCUCGCCACCCGUCGGCGGUAUCCUCCCCCGUGAAGUUCUUCCCGGCGGCAUCGAUAUCGACGGUCUCCACAUCCCAGCAGGCUGCGUAGUCGGUACACCCCACUACGCCAUCCACCACCACCCCUCUUACUACCCAUCUCCCUUCACAUUCAUUCCCGAACGCUGGAUUCCCUCUUCCCUACCCCAAUUCACCAAAGAAUCAGUAGCACUAGCUCAAAGCGCCUUCUGUCCUUUCAGUAUAGGUUCGAGAGGAUGCAUUGGAAAGGGAGUCGCAUAUUUGGAGCUCAUGACUAGUCUAGCUAGAGUCGUAUUUAUGUAUGAGAUGAGGAUGGCGGAGGGAUUUAAUUUGGGUGAGGGUAGUGAGGAUCAGGAAGUGGGAAGACAAAGGUGCGGAGAGUUUCAGUUGAGGGAUAGCUUUACGAGUACGAAGGAUGGCCCGUAUGUGGAGUUUAGGGCGAGAGCUAUGUGA